AUGACGGUCAACGAAGUAGCCUCCUCGGGAGAGUCUGGGCUCUCCGCCCCUCUGGGUCAGCAGCGUGGAGUUGUAUAUCGAGUGUACACCAACUGCUGGUUCCAGAUCGUGUUGAUGAGCUUCAUCUGCUUCUGCUGCCCUGGUAUGUACAAUGCAUUGACCGGAAUGGGAGGGUCGGGGCAGGUCGACCCGACUGUCGCAGCCAACGCUACUGUCGCGUUGUUAGCAGCCACCGCGGGUACCGCUCUGUUCAUGGUCGGGCCCAUCUUCAACCGUGUCGGGCCUCGCGUUUGUCUGCUCCUUGGAGGAUGGACUUACCCCCUCUACGCCGGUAGUCUCCUUUGCUUUAACGCAACGGCCAACGGUGCCUUUGUGAUCGCAUCUGGCGCGAUCCUCGGUAUUGGGGCAUCCUUCCUAUGGGUGUCGCAGGGCGCUAUCAUGACGACGUACGUCCCGGAAUCGCAAAAAGGCCGUGCCAUCGCGGUCUUUUGGGUAAUCUUCAACCUCGGUGGGGGCGUUGGCUCGCUGGCGAGUUUCGGAAUGAACUACAACUCCACGAGUGGAACGGUGUCCGAUGGGACGUACAUUGCUCUCCUGAUUAUCAUGGCCGUGGGCUGGUUGCUGGGCUCGUUCAUCUGCCCGCCCGCGUCGGUCCGACUGGCGGAGCUGCAGCCGUCCCCCGAGAGCGACAAGAACUGGCGUAAGACGGCGAUGAUGUCGCUGCGGGCGAUCAUGGACUGGCGGGUUCUGUGCAUGCUGCCGCUCUUCUUCUGUGCCAACGUCUUCUACUCCUAUCAGCAGAACAUCGUCAACGGAAUGACGUUCAACAUUCGCACUCGAUCGCUGAACGGGGCUUUCUACUGGAUGGCGCAGAUGGUCGGUGGGCUCACCAUGGGCCUGAUCCUCGAUAUUCCGGGACUCAGCCGCCCCAUCCGAGCCCGCAUUGGCUGGGUGUUCCUCGUUGUGACGGGGAUGGCGAUCUGGGGUGGCGGGUACGCGUUCCAGUUGUGGCUAGAUGACCGCAUGGCCACGGGCCUGAAGCAGGACAUCGAUUACAAGGACGGCAGCAUCUCGACCGGACCCAUAUUCCUGUACAUUUUCUACGGCGCGUACGAUUCGUUCUGGCAGUCGUACUGCUACUGGCUCAUGGGCGCGCGCUCGAACUCGCCCGCAGUGGCUGCUGUCCUGGUGGGCGCAUAUAAGACCUUCCAGAGCACGGGUGGCGCGAUGGCGUGGCGGAUCAACGCGCUGGCGGAGCCAGCCAUGUCACAGCUGGCCAUGAACUGGGGAUUGUGUAUGGGCGCGCUGAUGAUUGCCAUCCCUUCAGUGCUGGCAGUGACUGUGACCAGUAAUACAGAGCCGACUGAGGAGCAAGAGACCAAGGAAGUCUGUGUUGAGCCUAAGUGA